UUUGCUCAGUGAGAAGAAAAUUUACCGAAGAGAGCGACUAGUUUCCUUGGGAUCAAGGAUAGGGAAAAGCAUGAAACAUAAAGCAAUGUAUGAUCGUGUGCCCCAAUACCUAGCCUCUCUGGCAGGGUCCCAGACCCUGCGCUCAGCUUCAGAGUGCGCCUGCGCCACGCCGUGGUUGCCAGGAAACCGCCGAGUCGCGGUUGUUGCCGGUGGGUCGUGGAUUUAAAAUGGCCAAAAUCGUGCUUGCGGGUAGAGCAGAUUGCCCAUAUUAUGCUAAAGCAGAACUCCUAGCAGACUACUUACAAAAGAAUCUUCCUGAUUUUCGGAUACAUAAAAUUACACAGCAUCCUCAGGUUUGGGAGGAGUGGUUAAAAGAUCUGUGUGAAAAGAAUAAGUGGAAUCACAAAAAGUCCCCCAUCAUUUGGAGAGAGCUGUUGGAUCGUGGAGGAAAGGGGUUGCUUUUAGGAGGAUAUAAUGAAUUCCUGGAAUAUGCCCAGCUUUACUAUGGUGUCACCUCUAGCAUGACCACUGAGCUGAUGAAGUUAAUUGCCCAAGAGAACCUGGAGACACAUAAGGAGAAAGAACUGGAGGAAGAAACCAGGAAAGACCUCAUCCAGCCUUUGCAGGUUUGGAUCACCAGUGCAUCUGGUCGUGUCUGCUACAACCUAAUUCCCAUCUUGACAAGUGGCGAAGUAUUUGGAAUGCACACGGAAAUUAGCCUGAAUCUACUUGGCAAUAAGCAGGCAGAAGAAGAUCUCCACAUCAUCGUGACAGAGACACGGGACCUGGUGGCCCCCUUGCUCCGGAACAUCUCCAUCUGCACCCAAGUGGAGGACGCCUUCCGCCAGGCCCACGUGAUCAUCAUCCUGGAUGAGAACACUGACGGGGAGGUGUACAGUCUAGAGGACUGCAUCCGAAGCCGGCUUCCUCCGUGUAGGCUCUAUGGAUACCUGAUCGAGAAAAAUGCUCACGAUUCCGUCAGAGUUAUUGUGGGAGGAAAAACAUUUGUGAAUCUUAAAACAUUUCUGCUUAUGAGAUACGCCCCAAAUGUGGCCCAUAACAUCAUCGCCGUGGCACUGGGUGUGGAAGGCCAAGCUAGAGCUGCACUGGCCAGAAAACUAAGAACAACCCCCUCGUGCAUCAAAAAUGUGAUAGUUUGGGGUAAUAUUAGUGGAAACAACUACAUCGAUCUGAGAAAAGCCAGGAUUUACAGAUAUGAGAGUGCUAUUUGGGGACCUCCUAACUAUUCACGCCCUGUUUUGAGCUUGAUUUUUGAUAGUCAGUGGGUAAACAGACAAUAUGUAGAAACUCUUAAAAAGCUGACAGCCACAGGAAAACAAUUUGGAGCCAUCUUAGCUGCGCACAGUAUAGCUACUACAUUGAAAUACUGGUACCAUGGCUCGCCGCCUGGGGAGAUCGUGUCUUUAGGAGUACUAAGUGAAGGCCAAUUUGGUAUUCCUGAAGGGAUCGUCUUUUCUAUGCCUGUAAAAUUUGAGAAUGGAACUUGGGUAGUUCUUACAGAUCUCAAAGAUAUUGAAAUCAGUGAACCAAUAAUGACCAGAAUGACAAGUGAUCUCAUUCAGGAGAAACUUGUUGCACUUGGAGAUUUGAUCAGUUUUCAGCCCUAUCAAUCAGCAGUGAAUCUUUUAGAUCUGACUCCUCAACCCACUUCUGAAAAGCCUUUUGGUCAAGAAGCCAUAAAUGAUUCUGAAGACAAAAGUGUGGAAGAGCAACAAAUAAAUUAGACCAGCCAUAAAGAUAUUUGGUGUUGUAGUACAUAUGGAAAAACCCAUGAAUGCCUGUAUUUAGGGAAGAAUAGUUUAAAAGAUUGGCUUCCACCUUAGAUAAUGUUAUGCUAGACAUAACAGUGACAGUGCACACACAAAAAAGUGAGUUCAGUCAUUUUGUGUUACCUGAAUCCACUCACAGGUUUGCUUAUUGUCCUGUUUUCUCAUAUAGUUUGGUGUCAAUUGUCUUUUUUUAAAAACUACAUUAAAAUACAAUGGUCAGUCAAUGCAUCCUUGCCUGUACAUGCUUCUAAGAGAGCCUCCUUCCCCCCAGAGGCCAUGCCUAAGGCAGGGACAAGAAUGGCCAUCUUUGCUCAGCUGUUCUCACCCCCUUGGUUUCAACUGAUUGGGCUAGAAUGAACACA